AUGGCGCCCCAAAAGGACGGCGAGAUGCCUAGCUAUGUUUACGCCAUCGAGGAAUCCGGCGCUUUGCGCGUGUACACUACCGAUGGCAAAGACGUCGCAUACCUCAAACACCCACGAGGCUACGUCAAAGCUGUGAUGGAUGUCUUUCUACCCGCUGGAUACCCCAACUCUGUGACUCCGGACUACACGCCCUAUCAGAUCUAUGAUUCACUUCAGGCGUUUUCUAGCACCAUUGCUGGUCUACUAUCGUCCCGAGCUGUGCUCCAGGGUUUCGGCGUCGGCGAUUCCACAUCUUCGGCCACAGCUGCUGUCCUACUUACGGUUCUCCAAGAGUCAACUGGCCGUCUAGCCACAAUCUGGUUCGCACACCGUUGUGGUCGCGCUAUUGCGCCCGAGUGCAAGUAUUACCGAUUCCUUGCCGACAUUGUCAACGACUUGGCACUAUUAUUUGAUGUGCUAUCCCCGGCUCUACCCCCGCCCCAGAAGGUUGCUGCCCUUUGUACCGCUGGUAUUCUUCGUGCCCUCUGUGGCGUCUCAGGUGGUGCUUCUAAGGCUGCUCUUAGUGCUCACUUUGCCAAGACAGGCAACCUCGCUGAGCUUAAUGCCAAAGAUGGAAGUCAGGAGACAGUUAUCAGCCUCUUCGGCAUGCUCAUUGGCAGCUUGUUCCUUCAGGUUGUGCACGGGAAGGCUGCAGUUUGGUUCUGGAUGGUUACUCUCGUUAGUGUCCACCUUUGGACAAACUACCAGGCUGUCCGUGCUGUCCAGAUGCGUACGUUGAACAAGCAGCGACUAUGCAUGGUUAUCGACAAGCUCAAGCAUCGUGUGCUCCGCCCUGAUCAAGUCGCCGCUGAGGAGCGUAUCAUUACCUGGACCAAGCCUAACAUCACUUUUGUGGAUACGGUUCCGACCCCUCUCGAGAUCCAGCGUCUCAACUUCGAGAAGUACGUAAAGGUCGGAUAUCUUUUCCUCAUUCUUCCGGACGAAAUCAAGAUCUACAUGAAGGAAGGUUAUUCGACACGAGAUGUCCUCCGAGCAUACAUUGAAGCUUAUCACAUUGUUCAUACGAGAUAUGAAUUUUCGACCGGUCAACCGAUUGAUGAGUACUACGACGAGCUUUGGAAGAGCCUCAAGGCUGCUGGCUGGGAUCUCGAGACCAACGCAAUUGAGACUGGUCCUUCUAUCCAGUUGCGCCUAACCCACCAGAAGGAUUAG